GGACCGUGCAUGGAGGCGGCGAAAUUACGCUAAAAAGAAAUAAUGAUAAUAUCUUUCCUCUUGUUCUGCUGAACUUGUCUGAUUUGAUCUUCUUCCUAACGUAAAUCCUUCCUUUCGUGGUUGCCCUAAUAGAUAAAGGCUGCUGUCCAUUCGUUCAUUCUACCAUCCCGUGUUUUUUGGUUGGUGUAAUACAUUGUCGAUCGCCUUCAUAACCAAAUCCAUCUCAUCAUGCUCGCCAACAGCUUGAAAGCCUCAACGGCUAUUUUGGUCACUCUUCUCGCAGGGCAAGCCGUAGCUAGGACAGAUCUGUCAGGCUGUGUUUCGUCUAAAACUAUUGCGUAUGGCGGCGCGAGCCUUAUCUGGUACGUCCCGGAUACCGGGGAGAUCUGCGCUUUUCUCGACUGUGGUGGCGGCCGUGCGCCACCUAAGACGACUGUCCCGGGUUGUGCCGCCUACUCGGGUACUGCAUCCUACUCGCCUAGCUACUUACCGAAUUUUGGCGCUGCCGCAACCGUUUCCGCAACCGCCAGCUCAACCGCGACCUCCUCGGCAGGGUCUUCUUCUGCGGCCACUUCUACGCCUACCUCUGACAUAGCAGACUCUUCGUCAUCUGUUAAUACCAUCACACCAGCACCGACUACGACAUCCCUGGAAACGAGUGCUACCGGUAGCGCCGGCUCGAAUGGCGAAUCAUCUUCCUCAGCUGGGAACUCUCAGGGAGCCGCAUCUACUAGUGUGUCACAGGGUGCGGCCGCCAUGUCGACGGGUGUUGUGAAGAGUGCUAUGGGUAUGGCAGUCGGUAUUGUGGCGGGCGUGGCUAUGUUGUGAGUGGAUGAUCCUGAUAAAGGUAAUCGUCAUUGAAUUCUAUAAGUAUGGAAGCCAGGAAUAUUGUUAAGUUGUUACUGUUUACGGUAGUUAUUAAUGAAGGGAUAAUCGUAAUAAAUCCGCCUUUUCAACAAA